AUGGCUCUUCCGACCGCGGCCUUGGGGGCCUCUGUCCUGGGCCCAAGUGGUCCUGGCUCGAUGGCCCCGUGGUGCUCAGUAACCGGUGGCCCAUCGCGCUACGUGCUUGGGAUGCAGGAGCUUUUUCGGGGCCACAGUAAGACGCGCGAGUUCCCAGCUCACAGCGCAAAAGUGCACUCUGUGGCCUGGAGCUGCGACGGGAGACGCCUGGCUUCAGGCUCCUUCGACAAGACAGCGAGCGUCUUCUUGCUCGAGAAAGACCGGUUGGUCAAAGAAAACAAUUAUCGGGGACAUGGGGAUAGUGUGGACCAGCUUUGCUGGCAUCCAAGCAAUCCUGACCUCUUUGUCACUGCGUCUGGAGACAAAACCAUUCGAAUCUGGGAUGUGAGGACUACGAAAUGCAUUGCCACCGUGAACACUAAAGGGGAGAACAUCAAUAUUUGCUGGAGUCCCGAUGGGCAGACAAUUGCUGUAGGCAACAAGGAUGAUGUGGUGACCUUCAUUGAUGCCAAGACACAUCGUUCCAAAGCAGAAGAGCAGUUCAAGUUUGAGGUCAACGAAAUCUCCUGGAACAAUGACAAUAAUAUGUUCUUCCUGACAAAUGGCAAUGGUUGUAUCAACAUUCUCAGUUAUCCAGAGCUGAAGCCUGUGCAGUCCAUCAACGCCCAUCCUUCCAACUGCAUUUGCAUCAAGUUUGACCCCAUGGGGAAGUACUUUGCCACAGGAAGUGCAGAUGCUUUGGUCAGCCUCUGGGAUGUGGACGAGUUAGUGUGUGUGCGGUGCUUUUCCAGGCUGGAUUGGCCUGUGAGAACACUCAGUUUCAGCCAUGAUGGGAAAAUGCUGGCAUCAGCAUCGGAAGAUCAUUUUAUUGACAUCGCUGAAGUAGAGACAGGAGACAAGCUAUGGGAAGUGCAGUGUGAGUCCCCGACCUUCACUGUGGCCUGGCACCCCAAAAGGCCUCUGCUGGCCUUUGCCUGUGAUGACAAAGAUGGCAAAUAUGACAGCAGUCGGGAAGCAGGGACGGUGAAGCUCUUUGGGCUUCCUAAUGAUUCCUGA